UAAAACUUUAUCUAUAUAUUUUUGUAAGGAACAAUUGUACCCCAAUAUUAUUAUACAUAUUCAGUAUUCUACAUAUAUUUUAAUAAACAGUAUAUCUUUGUUUGAAAAAAAACCUUGCUUAAUCUCACACAAAUAAUUAAAAUCAGUCAAUUAAAGGUCACGUGUAGUCAUUAAAUUCUUUUUUAGUGAGUUUUACACUUAAUUCAAUAGAUUUUUUUUUUUUCAAAUAAAUAUCGUCAUGGGAAUUUUAUAUAGUUUUCUUCUCAACGCAAAAAUGAUCAAUUUAAGUUUAAUUCUCUAUAAUUGUUAAUGAGAAAACCAUCAAAUAAUGACACAUUUAUCCUUUCGAAUUACCGCUCACCUUUCAAGGCUUUUUCCGUCAACGCGUACAUAUCCGCCGAGCGUGAGUGCAUAUGCACUUUUAUCGUCGUUUUAAGUCUGCAAGAGAGAUGACUCCCCUCCUCAAUGUUGCUGACACACAUAAAAUAAAAGGCUAUGCACGUUGCACCGUAUUCACACGGUCUGCAGACUCAUGCAGGCGUAAUCAAAAGUACUGUCACCCCUGAGGUAUAAAAUAAAAAUUCAGGAUAGAAAGUUUGUGCUUUAAAUUGUUUUCGCGUUAGGAAAAAAAAAUUGUUAGCUUACAAUUGAACAGUUAAGUGAAAUAUUUGUUACGUGAAGUGAUAGUGCUGUACAAGAAGAUAAACGAAUUCCACAUGCACUUUUAUCACAUUUUUUUACGCAACUAACAUUGUCCACUACUAACUAUUUGAAUGUUCACAAAGCCUACAUUCGUUAGACGCAUCAAACUUAAAUUUAUUUGAUAUCAACUUUAAUUUUGUGCGUUUUAUCGACAAUUUGAUCAAGCAAUGGAAAUUAAUAAAGAUUUCGAUCUGUUGAAAAAAGUUAGUGCGUAUUUUGACGAGAACACAUUGCGGAAAAUUGUUGCCGAAGAGAAGAGCAUCGAUAAAAGUGAUAUUGAAAUUCUAUCUUGGAAUUUUGAAAAAAUUAGCGGCAAGGGUGAUAAUUACUUAUCAGUCGUCGAUAGACUUUUUAUCAAAAGCCGAGCUCAGCAAAAAACGUUAGAAACGAGGAUUAUUGUAAAAUCUAUGCCGGAAAACGUGUUUAGAAGAAAAUUGCUCAGGAGUGCAGAAUAUUUUCGCAAUGAGAUCAUCUUUUAUACAGAGAUCUCCAGGAGAUUUUCGAAAUACUUGAAGUCCAAGGGUCAGGCUCAACUAUUGAGCAUACCUCUUUGUUUUGCUUAUCACCUUGACGGAGAUAAUGACUUCAUAGCUUUGCAAGAUGUUACUGAUCUGGGAUUUAGUCCGAUAUCGCGUCAUGCGUGCCUAAAUUAUGAAGAAUGCAAAUACAUCAUUGAAGCAAUUGCCCAAUUCCAUGCUAUUUCAUUUGCUUAUAAAAAUGAACAUAGAGAGGAGUUUGAACGCAUAGCUUCUCUUUUGAACGAAACUUUUUACAGAGAAGAUAUUUUCGAAACUUCGUUCAAGUGUUUUAACGAUGAUUUAUUUCGAAUUGCAAGAGAUGCUCUAGCUAAGGAAUACCCCGGCAGCAAAGGAGAGAAAGUAUUCAACUCGUACGAACCAGACAAGUUAUAUAAAAAAGUAGUUGAUAUUUGCGCAAAAAAAGAUGCGGAGACGUCGGUUAUUAGUCAAGGGGACACAUGGGCGCCAAAUUUUAUGAUGCGUCGGACGAAACACGGAAAAACCGAGAUUCUAAUACUAGAUUUUCAAAUUGCUAGAUGUGCGAGUCCUGUCCUCGACGUCGUAUUUUUCAUUUACCAAUGCACUGAUAAAAAACUUCGAGACAGAUACUAUGAUACAUUGUUGAAGGAAUACUACGACAUACUGACAAAAACAAUGAAACUACUUGGAACUGAUGCAGAUGUGCAUUACUCAUGGGAAACUUUUCAAAAGGAGGUAAAAGAGCAAUCGUUGUACGGCUUGAUGUUUGCCUUAAUGAAUGUGCCUUUGAGUUUAAUACCAGAGAAUGCAGUGUUUGAUUUAGAUUCAAUAAAGGAAGAAGUUUCUGAUAUUGCAGAUUUGGAUACAUUGCCAAAUCUAGAAAAAGCCGAAGACAGACAGAGACUUGCUGACAUCAUUUUACAUGCUGUGGAAAAAGAAUUUAUAUGAUGACUACUCAUGACAAAAUAGCUAGAUUUUAAUGCAAUCAUAAGCUUUUUUUCAGAUUGACGGUAUUGUACAGAUAUAUGUGUGCAUUUAUCGAAGAUAUGUAUUUACGCAUUUUAAAACACACUCUUAUAUGAGUCACUGCAACCGACAAUAAAGAGUUCAAUAUUUUCUGUAGAGAUAUUUUUAUCUUUAUUACAUUAGAAUUAAAUAAAAUAUACAUAAUCUGUA